AUGCACUCUUCUCUCAUUCUCCAAGCUUUGGCACUAUUCUCCAUUGGUGCUAUCGCUGCUCCAACCCCCGGAGGCCGUCCCGCAGCCCCAACUCUACCCGCCAUACCCGAAGUCCCAUCUUCGGGCCCAGGUGCGGCGACCCUAAAACAUGCAGUCUUCAAUCCCGUCAGUCCCCACUUUGGCAGCUGGAACUUCUUCACCCUCGACGAUCCCCGGGUCGACUAUUGGAAAAGGAACCCCGACAUGGAGGUCAGAUACUUCAAAUACUGCCCCAAGUGCGGCGAGUAUCCCUUCCACGACAAGUACGUGCUGGCCGAGCAUCUCAUCAAGGAGGACCUGGCUACGACCGGUCAAGGGGCGCUCGACAAGGCCAACGAGCUUCCCGUCAUUGUCGGGAUACGCAACAGACCAGAGCCCGAGGCCCCGUCCAGGCCUUUUUUCCUCAGGCCCUUUUCCUCCGACAAAAAGGGGCAGCGCGGAUCUUCGGGGAAAACAGCAGGAGGCCAAACAACUGCUGCGCCGCCGUGGAAUUUUGACUCCUGA